UGGGGCUUCAGCCAGGCGCUUCCGCAGUCUCCUGGGACUGCAUGGGUUACCCAGGAGGUGGGUCCGCGGCUCGUCCUGUGCCCAGCAUCGCGGCGUCUCCUUAGAGCGCAUCUUUGGGUCUGGCCAGCGGUGCUGAAAGAGGGGAGAAUGUUGGGGGUAGGGAGGAAACAUCCCAGUUCAAUAGAUUUCUCCGCAGGUCCUGUGCCUUCGAAACCUGCGAGCCCAGACUUUAAAACAAAAUGAAGAAAUUAAGGCUUAAGGAACUAGAGAGUCGCCUGCAACAAGUGGAUGAAUUCGAAAAGCCCAAGCUGCUUCUAGAACAGUAUCCCACCAGGCCGCACAUUGCAGCAUGUAUGCUGUAUACAAUCCAUAACACUUAUGAUGACAUUGAAAAUAAAGUCAUUGCCGAUCUAGGAUGUGGCUGUGGAGUACUUAGCAUCGGAAGUGCAAUGUUAGGAGCAGGGUUGUGUGUUGGAUUUGACAUAGAUGAAGACGCAUUGGAAAUAUUUAACAGGAAUGUGGAAGAGUUUGAGUUAACAAAUAUUGACAUGAUUCAAUGUGAUGUGUGCUUAUUAUCUAACAGAAUGUCCAAGUCAUUUGAUACAGUAAUUAUGAAUCCUCCCUUUGGAACCAAAAAUAAUAAAGGGACAGAUAUGACUUUUCUAAAGACUGCUCUGGAAAUGGCAAGAACAGCAGUAUAUUCUUUACACAAAUCCUCAACUAGAGAACAUAUUCAAAAGAAAGCUGCAGAAUGGAAAAUCAAGAUAGAUAUUAUUGCAGACAGUCUUGCUCUGUUGCCCUGGCUAGUGUGCAGUGGCAUAAUCUCAGCUCACUGCAACCUCUGCCUCCCGGGUUCAAGCAAUGCUCCUGCCUCAAUCUCCCGAGUAGCUGGGACUACAGAGCUUCGAUAUGACCUGCCGGCAUCAUACAAGUUUCACAAAAAGAAAUCAGUGGAUAUUGAAGUGGACCUAAUUCGGUUUUCCUUUUAAAAGCCCCCACAAACAAAAGCAGUUUAAAACCUAUUUAAAAUGAAUAAAAAAUUGGUUUACUAAA